AUGACAGACCUGAUCCGGGACACGGCCUUUGGCCAUCUCAUACGAUUCGUGUCACGGAAGAAGUUUCUCCAAUAUCAGGAAGAGGCGGAUCCAUCGUUGUAUAAAUAUUUCAUCGAUGAGAAAAAGUCUGGAUACCUGGCGGACCACGGCGAUACGAAUCCACGCGCAGAUGGAACGGAGCCCGAGACUCUCGGCGGCAUUCGAACGCGUGAGGAGCGAGGCGAAGACUUACCCGACCCCGAGAAGGAACGGAGAUCGUCUGAUGGCGACAGUGGUGGACAGAGAAGCUCCAGCGAUGAUGCACGCAUCAACCACGCGAGCGGUGUCAAGGUCGACCCCGAGAAAGGUCGAGAUCGAGCGCUCGUGAGCUGGUGGGGAGACAAUGAUCCUGAGAACCCCCAGAACUGGAGCCUUUUCAAGAAGUGCUUCGUCACCUUCGAGAUUUGCCUGUUGACUACCUCUGUGUACAUCGGAUCUUCCAUCUACUCGGCCGGCACCCAAAGCGUCAUGGCGACAUUUGGCGUCUCUCAGGUUGCAGCAACUCUCGGACUAUGUCUAUUCGUCGCAGGAUAUGGUCUCGGCCCAAUGCUCUGGUCACCCAUGUCGGAAAUUCCUCAGAUUGGCAGAAAUCCAAUCUACCUCGGAACGCUUGUUGUCUUCGUUGGUCUUCAGCCUGCCGUCGCGAGGGCCGAGAACUUCGGCAUGCUCCUCGCCUUCCGAUUCAUUACCGGCUUCUUUGGUAGUCCUGUCCUCGCCACUGGCGGUGCCUCGCUGGCUGACAUUUGGUCACCGAAGAAGCGAGCCUACGCGAUAUCCAUUUGGGGAGUCGCUGCAGUUUGUGGUCCAACACUGGGUCCGCUUGUGGGAGGCUUUGCAGUCGAAUACGCACCCGUGAAAGGUGGUUUCACUGCUCCGUGGACAUGGCCAAUCUGGGAGUUGAUGUGGCUCUCGGCAUUCUGCCUGGUCUUCCUUUUCUUCUGCUUCCCUGAGACGAGCGCCAACAAUAUCUUGCUCCGCCGGACUCGCCGCUUGCGCAAGAUCACUGGCAACGAGAAGCUGAUAUGUGAGCCUGAGCUCAUGUCCGAACAGAUGACCGGAAAGGAGAUCUUGUUGAUGGCUGCUGUUCGACCUUUCACCCUGAACUUCAUGGAACCCAUGGUCUUCCUCCUCAACCUUUACAUCGCGCUCAUCUACGGUCUACUGUACAUCUGGUUCGAGAGCUUCGUCAUUGUAUUCGUCGAGAUUUACGGCUUUGGACUCGGCGCAGAAGGCUUGGCAUUCCUGGGCAUCCUCAUCGGAUCGUUCGUGGUCAUCCCGCCCUUCUUUUGGUACCUCCAUACAUAUCUGGAGCCCAAGUUCGACGAGAACGGUGAAUGCACGCCUGAAUACCGCUUGACGCCAUGCUUCGUCGGUGCUUUCUGCAUUCCAAUCUGCCUCUUUUGGUUCGGUUGGUCCGCGAGGCCAGAUGUACAUUGGAUUGUGCCUAUCAUUGGCAGCGCAUGGUUCUCGAUCGGUGCCUUCCUGCUCUUCAAUUCCGUCCUCAACUACCUUUCAGACGCAUAUCCGGACUACGCCGCCUCUGUGCUCGCUGGCAACGACUUUUUCAGGAGCACCUUUGGCACCGGCUUUCCGCUUUUCGCGGGUGCCAUGUACAAGAAUCUCGGGGUUGCUUGGGCAAGCAGUACCCUGGCCUUCCUCUCGAUUGCAUUCAUUCCCAUCCCGUUCGUGCUAUACAAGUACGGCGAGACUUUGCGAAAGAACUAUUCCAAACAUGCCCGCAAGGACAUCUAA